UGUCUACAAGGUGCGUCUGAAUCACGCACUUUCCCCGCAACGAAUUCCUCACUUGUGAUCUUCCCAGCGGAAAUUCGUCCGAAUGCCAAUCUCGCAAUUCCCGACGUCAAGUGUCUCGCCGAUAGAACCGCUGAUACUUAAUUAAUCUUCUUGAUAUCCGCGUCUGCGGGAAAAUGCGCGACUUCUGAAACAUCCUGUAUAUCGCGGCCUGUACGAGGCGCCUAUAACGCGUACAUUAGCCGCGUGGGUUGCUAUGGGCAACCCGUGACUAACACACGUUCCAGCAUCACGUCUCUCACCCUUCUCCUCUCCCUCCUUCCCUCUCUUUCUCUAACCAUCUCUCCUUCUCUCUGUCUUUCUCUGCUGUUUUGAUCUCCCCUCUCAUUCUCUCUCUUUCUCUGUUGCUCUCUCUGUUGGUCCCUUUCUACUGCUACCUCUCUUUCCGUCUUGUGUCGAGGAUCCAGUGAUGUAACAGUCAUCGCGCUGGAGCUCGGGAAUUGAUGUACUAUUUCGGCGGAUAGAGAAGUUCCAGGUUCAGGUAGCGCCACGUCAUCGCGUGAUUAUGCGACUGUGUUAAGAGAGAGUUUCGAUCGAGUCGUAAAGGAAGAAUGCGUUUUCCUCAUGUUUGGCACCAUUUACUGUAGUGCGAGCGGGCGACAAAUGUUUCUUGAGCGAUCGCAUAUUCGCGCGAGCGAAUGAAUCGCUUUGCAGAACGAGUGAGAGAUUCAUCAAAUAAUUUCACAGAUGUUUAGUAAACUCUCUGUACAUGCAGUAUAUUAUCGAACACUGAACAGAAGGGACGAACGUUGAAAUGUUUCCUUCGGCUUUUAGAAACAAUCUAGAAUUUUAAUACCGAGAACGAUCAACCAAAUAAUUAAGUCCGCAGCCAUACGCUAAUUAAACGGUUCGAUCGUUACAUUCAAUUACUCGUGAAAGUCUAUUCCACAAAUUGCUUGGUACGUCACUGGACUAUCUCUCUUCGUCUCACGCGACACGUUUAUCCUUCCCAGGGACAUUCGCUCGUUCCUUCUCUCUUCCUCUUUCUCUCUCUCUUUCCUCUUCCUCCCUCUCUUUCCUCUUCCUCCCUCUCUUUUCUUCUCUUUCUCUCUCACGCUCUGUGCCCUAGGUUAGCAUUUCAUAUCCUCGUCGUUCCUACUGGGACACGCCGAUCCUCUCCCUUCCAGGAGCGGACCUGCGUGGCAGCUAACGAGACUCGUGCUCCUCGGGUUUUCCAGCUGUCAAGGACCCACAUAAUAUUGCCGCCCGAAAAUAUGUCGAUUAAUUUAUUUACUCGGAAUUCAAAAAUUGCCUUCGAAGUACGAACUGUACUUGCUACUUUGGUAUACUUCUCGCUCACUUGUGAUCCUGAUUGAAGCAGGCCGAGGAAGAUCAGUGGUGUCAGGCACAUAGAGGUCAACGCGCACCCCUGCUCGUCCGAAGAGAAGCCAGGGAUGUACCCGCACUUCAUUACGGUGCAACGACGCGUGACCGCCGAAAUGCCGCUUACGCAAUGUUUUCCGUACCUACCUACGAGGCGUCGUCGAUUAUCGAUUUUACGAUGGUCACACUCGCGCGCGUCUGGCCCCCGAUGUCGAUGUAUGUGCGACGCGAGCGGGAUGCUACCGCGCGCUCUCUACUCCCUUAUGAGAGAUCGAAUUUCUCGGCCUUCCGUGACGAUGGCUAUCGAUGCAUAUCCCGGCGUAAUUAAUUGCUGUGCGUUCAGGGAGAGAAAAAAACGUCUCCCAACGGUGUGUACUCGAGUAUUAGUUGCAAAGAGAUGAUAUUGUGAAGUGUACCUGGGUUCCAAGUGGUUAUAGAUAAUAUCCUUCUUUACUGCAGAUUACGCAAAUAGUUUUGCUAUACUUUUCAAUUAGAACGUGUCUCGAUAAAAUUGUUUCACCUAGAAAACAACGAUAUUGGAAAUAAUGUGACAUUGGUAAAAAUACAAUGCAUAUUUUAUUUAAGAAAAGACAAUAUUUUUACCAUGUUAUCAAAAUUAUAUCUGUUUGGUUUAUUUUUGCGUGUACCGCGUUAAAAAUUUAAAUCCCAAGGAUCUAUCUUGAGCAGUGCUGGAAUCAGUGUAAGUCCGUAAAAACAAAGGCACCGGUUACGGGGUCCUUCACAAACGGUGCCUUGGGUCUUGGCUGAAAUGGGAUCGUCCCUGAACCCAUGGUAGCGGCGUGCCGAAAGGAAGGGGUCAUGGAACCUACAGAGGGGAGAGGUGCACGUCAUGGUGGGGGUGGAUAAAGCACCAAAAGAGCGAGAGGGUCCUAUUAGGGAUGCUGGCUGCGAAAAGGGAGACGGAGAAACGCAGUGUACCUUCGACCACCACCCCCUCUUCGGAACGCUCUCUUUUCCUUGCCCUUCCCCUGCGUUCUCUUCUCUUGUUCAGCUCUGUCCACAGUCGUCUCUUUCCAACCGGCUUCGGAUAGAGAAAGAGAGAGAAGGACGACGUGUAAAACGAGAAGGUAGCUCUAGGAGAACGAGCUGAAGGAAGAAGGACGAUGGAAUGCGAGUUGGAGUGAGAUGGAGAGAAAUAACGCGAGUGCUGAAGAGAAGGAAAGAGAAAGUCGCAGGGAGGGAGAACAGUAGAGAGGGUGGAGAAGAAGAUAGAGCUAAUGAGAGAGAGACAGAGAAAGAAGGAAUGAGCAAUUCUGACUAUUACGACGACUGUAAAGACGACUGAAUCUUCAUGGGAGCGCUAACUAGACGUGCGAAGAAGUAGAAGAAGCAGAAAAACGAUCGAGAACCAAAUUCCCAUGGGACACGAGGAAGUAGAGACAAUAAACUGGAAAAAGGAAGAAAUGUGAGAGUGAGAGAAACGCCGAGAGGGAUUAGGAAAAGAAAGAUGUAGUAAGCUGGUGUCACUCUCAGGUUGAAGAAACUCAAUCUUCCAAGAUUAAAAAUACAAUCUAGGGGAAGAGAAACAAAGACAGAAGUAGGAAAAGAAAGAAUGAUAGAGAGAGAGAGAGAGUGGGAAGGCGAAGGCUCACAGGUCGGCGAGGAUAGAGUCAGGCUCUCCUCGGCAAGAGAGAAAGAGACUCCCAGCGGGAGUUUCAAAGAGAGAAAGACGGAAAGAGGGAGAGAGAGAGAGAGAGAGAAAAGAACAGAAAAGCCAGAGCAGCGAGCGACCAGAUGAGUUGCGUUAGAGCGAGAAAGAAAGAAGGGGGAGACCUAUUCGGGGGAACGACAAACGGAGAAAGGAGAGAAGGGUGACGAAGCGACCGGCGAAGGAGCGAGGGAGAGACCGGCCAGAGAACAGAAGGAGAAAGAGAACGAAAUGGUGCGAGUGAGACGGAGCGACAGAGAGAGACAGAACAGAGAGAGACCAGGCAGCGAGUGCGCCCACUAAGCCGCCUCCAUACCACCUCCAGCAUUCCCAGCCUGCACACACAGUUGCAGCUGCACCGCCGCCGUGGCUCGCUCGCGUGCACAUGCGAGACUGCGCGCGCGUCUUUCUCUCUCUCUUUUUCUCGUUCUCUCUCCGUCUCUCUCCCGCAUAAUCUCUCGCGAAUACUCUCGCGGAUACACACAUGUACACACACAUAUCCGCACCAUUACACCGUGCAACAACGUCGCCGGUGUUGCAGUUUUAACGACGCCGGUCCUUCGCGUGUGAUCCUGCCGCUGGACGAGGAAGCUGCACGCCCAGCCGACGACGACGACGACGACGACGACGACGACGACGACGAUAUGGUCGUAACCCCGGCCUCGCGACCAUUAUCGCUGACGUAAGUUCGCGUCCAGCUGGAUUCUCCAUGAAGGUCACUGAUCGAAUUGCCAACGUGAGCAUGUCGCGUACAUAUUGACUCGGAGAAAGAGAGAGACAGAGAGACCACAGCGGAUUGGAGCGGCGUCGACGACGACAUCGACGGCGCCGCGACACUUUCGCCGGCGUGAAUUCGUAAUCGGGUGGAUUUACGCCGCGCGCGAGUCGAUGCACAUCGAUCCCGUCGCCCCUGCAAGAUUCAUCGCCGCGUAAUCGGAUUCGCCGAGGGAGCGUUCAGCAGCUGACAUUGACAAGUGCCGAUCAAACUCGCUCUCGUCGACGUAAAUUCGCGGCAGCGGAAGGGCGAGGGUCGAGCCGUGCGCGGCGCCGCCGAUGCAAGAUUCAUCCUCGGUGGGGUCCUCGCAGUCCUCGAAUUGACACCGCGCGGUAUCGACGUGUGCACUCACGAGCGUGCGGCCGAGGGAUUCUGUUCGCUUCCAACGCGCGCUUUCCAUCCUGGACCACGUCGUUUCGGGAUUGCGGUGGAGAAACGCGCGCGAGUGCAAGGACGACAUCGGUCCGGGAGUGCAAGAGCCAAGUGCGAAGCAGUGACCAGCGCGCGUGCUGGCUUUUCCCUGCGUUUGCCCGGUGCGAGUCGCACGGCGCGCGGAACACGUGCGAAUCGCCAGGCGACAGAGAAGUGCACUAUCGAUCGGCCGCCGUGGCCGCAAUCUCGGGAAGCGUGUCUCGUUAGCACAAUAUUCAGCGAGCCUGACCGCAGAAAAGGAAAAGGAGAAGGAGGAGACCUGACAUUUCGCAAAUGUCAGCCGCGGCCGUUGGCGCAACUUCCGCGUAAUCGGAGCGUGGCCGAUAAACGAUAAGAGGCCAAGUCGAGCUUUUCGUGCCGAGACCGCACGACGUUCUCGGCUCCUCGGUGUUUUCAUACGAUUUUCCGCGCGGAUCAGCGAGAGAGUGGCAGUCGAGUCGAGAGCGAUGACUCGAGGCACAUGAUCGAGAGUGGUGCGAAACCGGGAGCCGGAAUAACGGAAGCUCUUGCGCUCGGGACUCCAGGAAAAUCAGGAUAUCUCGUCAUGGACUGGAUGAGGAGGCAGGACGUCAAGGAGGAGUCGCAGGAAGCUCCUAACGCCUUGACUCCCGAAGAUGAUGACGAAUGUUACUUUGAGGAGGACGUGUCCAUAGACGAGGGAAUGGGUCUCGACAAUGUGAGCUCGGCGACCCUCAGGCCCUUUAACUCGGACAUCAACACGCCGAGGAUCGACAGCUACAGGUUCUCCAUGGCGAAUCUCGAAGAUUCUCAGGAUGUCGACCUGGAUGCGAUCCUCGGUGAACUAUGCGCCCUGGAGCGGCGUUGCGACGGCGACAUCGCCGCCACGCCCGCGCCAGACUCGCAGAGGCCAGGACGACCCACUAGCGCGAGGAUCAAUCCGGGUGACAACACUGACAUCAAAAAUGAAGGAGGUUUGCGCACCGACAGUCCCGACAAUGACAGCGCAUUCUCGGACACGGUGUCCAUGCUGUCCAGCGAGAGCUCAGCGAGCAGUAGCGGAUCAGGCCAUAAACCACCUCAAAUCGCUAUGCACACUGCCCCUCAGCAACAACCUCAUCAACUUGUCGAUGCAGCGAGCAGAGCGAAGGCGGAAAAGAUUCGCCUGGCGUUGGAGAAGAUGCGCGAGGCGAGCGUACAGAAGCUCUUCAUCAAAGCGUUCACGUUAGACGGCAGUGGUAAGAGUCUGCUGGUCGACGAGGGGAUGAGCGUCGCGCACGUGUCGAGGCUGCUCGCGGACAAAAACCACGUGCCAAUGGAUCCGAAGUGGGCCGUGGUCGAGCACUUGCCCGAUCUCUUCAUGGAGCGAGUUUACGAGGAUCAUGAGCUACUGGUGGAGAAUCUCCUACUGUGGACCAGGGACUCAAAGAACAAGCUGCUGUUCGUCGAGAGGCCGGACAAGACUCAACUAUUCCUCACGCCCGAGCGAUUCCUUCUGGGCCCUACGGAUCGUGGCGGCGGCGAGUACGACUAUCACUCGAGGAAUAUGCUAUUGGAAGAAUUCUUCUCGAGCAGCAACGUCGGCGUGCCCGAGGUCGAGGGUCCUCUCUACUUGAAAUCGGACAGCAAGAAAGGCUGGAAGAGGUAUCAUUUCAUUUUACGGGCCUCCGGUCUUUACUAUUGGCCGAAGGAAAAGGCACGCACUGCGCGGGACCUCGUCUGUCUGGCGACUUUCGACGUUAAUCAGGUUUACUACGGCGUCGGCUGGCGAAAGAAGUACAAAGCGCCCACCGACUUCUGCUUCGCCGUGAAGCACCCCCGAUUGCAGCAGCCCAAGUCCACUAAAUACAUCAAGUUUCUCUGCGCGGAGGACAACGCGUCACUGGAGCGAUGGAUGGUCGGUAUUCGCGUGGCCAAGUACGGCAGACAGCUAAUGGACAACUAUCGUGCUCUCGUGGACGAGCUCGCGCAAGAGGAUCUAGACUUGCUGGCACACGCCAGGUCGUGCUCGGUCAGUUCCAUCGCUGCGCCACCGAAUCAGACCCAAUACAACACGACGAACGAUAACGCCAGACAAUACGCGGAAAACACAAGGCAUAACAGUGAAACGGGCGUCGCCACGACGAGGCAAUACGAGGGACAGAGGCAGAGCUAUAAUCCGGAGCAACGACAGAGCUACAAUAACGAUGGUCGGCUCAGCAGAGCGAGUAGUUCCAGUUCCAGCGGAUGCUUGUCUGAUGGGGCACCGAGUAGUUGUGAGGUGGCCUUCGAAUGUGGGGAAUUCCCAACGGGCACGAUCAAACGCAAGCCGUCUAUGAACCCAAAAUUGCCCCUCACUUCGAUCACGAGGCAAUUGAAGGAAGUUGGUGAAACUGUCCGCGACGAGCCGGAUUCUUGCCCGAGUCCGACGAGCUCGGGAUCAGGUACGCUAACCAGAAGACACAGCCGCCGUCGUAGCGGUACGGAUUCUGAUGGAUCUGGAACCCUGAAGAGACAUCACAGAUCUGGAAAUGCAACACCUGUCAGCCCGGUGCCACCUGGUACACCGGUGAGAGAAAGGGCAAGCCCCAUGGGAUAUAGCAGACCGGACAGUCAGGAACCGAAAACGCCAACUAGUCCGAUACAAUCGUGUAUGAUGGAUUCUAUCACCUCAUUGCCGCCACCACCGUCGCCGUCGAGAGUCGCCGAGGAAGUCGAGUCCGACAGUGAGCCUCUUCCACCGCCACCUCCGGAAAUGUUCCGGUCUAAUCUCUCAUUGGACUCGCUGCCGCCGCCACCAGCACCCGGCGAGCUUCCUAUUUGCAACACACCGGAGCUCACAGGCUCUUCGUUGAGUCUCGCGUCGUUACCGCCGCCACCGAGCCCGUUAGUCGGCGAAACUGGAACGAUACGUCGCGCCAGACCCAAGCAGUCCACCCCUACGAACUCUGUAACCCCUGAGAGUACUCCCACGCAUACCCCCAGAUCGCAAUCCUGUCAAAUGUACGCGAACACAAACAGUCUCGCGCUGAACAACAAUUCGGUCCAGAAUAGUCAGAACUACAACUCGAACGCGUCCCCGAACGCCCAUGCGAACAACACCGCCAAUUCCGUGUCCUCCCCGCAAAGUUCCUACCCGGGAUCGACGGCGAGCACGCCAACCUACACCCCGAGCUCACCUAACUUUGCGUCUCCACCACCCUUCGUGCCACCGCCGGCUUACGGCUCUCAGCAACAGCAACAGCAACAACAACAACAACAACAACAUACCAAUUCCCAGAGCCUCGGCAGACAGAAUUCCAAGGUCGAGCAGUUAUACGCAAGUCAUCAGUCGACUCAUCACAACACAAUCCAGCCGAUCAGACCGAACCCCAACAUGGACACUGUCCGGCGCAGCGCUAUGAAACAAGGAACCGGUCAUUACGCAGCGCCACCGUAUCUAGCCGAGUUGAAAGCCGCUUCCAGUCCACAACCGCAACGCCGAGUAACCAUUCAAGAACCCCCAACGUCGCCCAAGUCCAAAACCGGGACCGGUAAGAAGAUCUCCUUUAAUCUACCACCUCAACAAGAACCUGGUAGCCCAGCUUUGCCGCAGCGUAAACCAACGCCACCGAGGAGGUCUGACAGCACGAGGCUCACAUCACCUAAGAAACUGGCAGCCUCUGAUCAGGCUCCACCAGGCGACUUUCUAAAGGAUCUACAGAGGGUGAUGAGGAAGAAGUGGCAAGUCGCACAGAAAUGCAAACUGGACUCCACAACAACACCACACGAGGUGCUCGGUUUUCGAGAUCCGCCACCCGCAGUAGCCGACUACAGGGAGACCAAUGUGUCCAACUGGGUGCAAGAGCAUUACGGCGCGGACAAUCUCUACGAGAACGUGUACGCGACGGAUCCUCAUGGACCAGUCGAGUACGCGUCCAGCCCAGCUCGACAGCCAACUGUGAGGUUCGCCGACGAGAACCGCAGCAUGAACAUCGUCAAUGCCAUCGCGGGCAAGAGGAGACCGCCACCGCCGCCACCUAAAAGGGCCGAGACCACGCAUCUGACUACCACCAGGGCGAUGCACUGACAAUAGCAGAUAAUCCAGCCCCAUCCCGAGAGGCGAUGGUAUUGCUGUCUCUGCGGCUGGUGGAAGGACUGAGGCGAGGAACCGAGGCUUCGUCGACCACGCGACACCUCGUCGCCGGUCCGGAAUACCGGAAAUCGGCCGAUGUCGAGUCCAUGUGCGUCCGUCGACUUCGCCUCGCAGUCCGCAGGGUCACUAGCGAAGAAGAGUGCGUGCUUCUCUUCGCUGAAGGAAAGGUUGUACGAUUUUGUUGUGCGACUCGUUGCCGAGCUCUAUGCAGAUCGGUUCGAUCGCGCGAGUCCAACGAGAAGUCCAAGUUAUUCGGAUAUCGGAAACUGUCGAGAAUAUUUAUCGAUUCGUUUGGGUCUCUUUAGUUUCACAGAGAGAAGUAUGUAUCUGAAUUGGUCGAGUAUCUAUAUAAAUGUCAAUCAGAAGGAAAUAUUUGCGUAAAAAGAUACGAUAUUGGUGUUGUCAACGAUAUUACGAGGAAAUUUCAGCAGAUCACAAGUACAUCAAGAAUGAACGUCGGUGAACCGUCCUUGUCGGAAGUUCUUUUGGAGGAACGCGAAUCAGAAGCCGAGCAAGCAGCCUAUUUCUGAGCUGGGCUGAACUGAAGUCGGGGUCGCAACAGAUUCGAUGCGUCAUGAUCGAUCAACACACGGGGAAACACUGCCGCACAGACCAAGGAUGUGAUAUAAAUCUUAAACGCCAUGCUCACGCUCCCGCGAUUCGAGGAUCGUGCAAGAAGGUGACCAAGAACAACGGGAUAACGCACAAUGUUGAAUUCUCGGGAGGUACGACGGGGGAGCGAAUCUACCAAUCGCGAUUUCAUGCGAGAGUUCGACGUGUGUGAGGAUUUCAUAGCCUCGUUUCAUCUGCCUCGUCCGCGAAUUUCUCGAGUCUUCUCGGAUACGAUGAGUAACACGAAACGAAGAAGAUAAAUCGAAAUGAGGAGGGAUAAUUUCUUCAGAUAUUCUCAAGUCCGAAAUUCGUUUGGUGAUCAAUUAAAAUAUGAUCACCUCGAGAAGUAAUGCACUGCGUUUUUCAACUUGCGAUUUGUUUCGAGAUGCGAGACUCUUGAAGGAAGAAUAAAUGUGAAAGAACGACACAUGUCAUCUUUCCUGAGUAACGGUUUACCGUUUCAAGAAUGUGUUCCCGAGAAGAAGAAACUCUGACGGCGAGAAGAGCGAGCCGAGAAAGUCGUCGCGAAGCGGAAUUGAUCUCAGUUUGAACCGGACGCGAAGGGCGAUUUUAGCGCAGCGCGGGAGUGUUUCGCUUCCAACGACGAAGAAACGAACACGACUCGAUCGAAAUAUCUUCUAUGCAACUCGCAUACGUCUCUUGCGAUCACAUCCAUGUGCAUAGGUAUAUAUGUAUAUAAACUGAAUAUAUAUACGCGCGUCUCUAUAUUAUAUACAUCUCUAUAUCAACUCGAUACUGCUGUAUGUGUAGUUGUAUCAUACAAUCUAAACGCAAUUCUCAAAUGUGGACGUGACAAUGGGGACGAUCAAGUCGUCAGUAUGACCUCUUUUAUUAGGUGUACCCUAUAUAAAAACGACGACGAUGACGAUCUUUCUCGUUCGUCGUCAAUGCGAAUCGCGAAGGCGUAGCGACAUCUCGUCGAAAGGAUUGAUAUCCUUUUUGUUUCCUUCUCGUCCGAUAACGAAAUCAACUGACGACGAAGACGGCCACGAAGAUAACGUGCCGAGUUCGGAGAUCAGGCGGACGAAACCAGAAGGAAUAUCAAAAAAUUCGUACGUGUUUCCGGCGAAUGAGUCGAUCCGCGGAUGAGGACGUAGGUAACAAACACUUUGGAUACUUGGAAUGUAAAGAAAAUUUGCGCGAAUGUGUCUCGAUGGCCUGCAUUCGCUUAUCUCGACUCGUUUCUACUUUGGCGAAUCGACUACUCUUCUCUUACUUCGAGUAUCCCACACUGCUAGAGUUAGGCAGACAGACGCGCGAUGACCGCUGCUUGGCGCCACGCCUGCGUCCGCGAGCGCGAGGAGGAUCGUCGCAUUUAGCCAACGACGGACGAGGGACAGCACAAGUGCGUGGCGCUUCUCCCGUCUGUGAUCACCGAAUGGAAUCUUCAGCAACGACUGCGGACGCCUUUUGAAGUCGCGUAGCUGGACUUGUAGUUUUAUAUCUCGAUUUGUAUCGCGUUUGCAUGACUUACAUGUGAAAGUUAAUGAACUCCUCGGACUUACACGGAGCAUCUGUAUCGUCGGAUUUUUAUAUGUAAAGGUGUCGGAGGCCGCGCUCGAGAGUUACGCUCGUCGGUGCGACAGUCCAUCCCGUAGAAAGUAUUUUAUACGAUCGAAUUUUGAUACGCAGAGGAUAUUUCGCCACGUAGUUAACGAAUAACGCGCGGAUAACAGGGAAGCGCGGGAGAACUCGACGUCGUCGUGAUGGCGGUUUCGCGCAACCGGUCGGAGUUUCGGGGGAGUUUUCGACCCGGAACGAAUCUCUGACUCGUCGACGAAUUUCUGGUACUCCAGAAUAGUCGCGAGCGCGCGAUCAGCCGCCCGAUUUUCUCGACGACGACUGGUCCACCCGUCGCGAAACCCGUGGAUUUACGCGGCGCUUUCAGAUCACUCCCGAUGACUUUUACCCCGUCGACUUUUGCAAUUUUCUAAAGGAACUCACGUCGUGCCUGCGCGCGAGAAAUUCUCCGAACUUUCUAAAAGUGCAACCCCCCGUGUGUGUAUAUGUGUGUGUGUGUGUGUGCGCGCGCGUGUCUGCCUGCGCGCGAGGAUUUUCCGAGAGUUUUUUCUUUUCUAAAGAGGCACUCGCGCGCACAACGCCGUACUACGAUCGCGCGGUUUUUCUAGCGAUUUUCACGCCGUGCCUGCGCGCGAAAAUUUUUGCAACAACACUCGCACGUCUCCUCCCCCUCUCCCUCCUCCCGCGCACCGACCGCGAUCUCCUCGAGCGUGCGCCGAGAGCGCGCGAGCACGAAUCUGCGUACACUGUAACACAAUCGAAUUACUUAAUAAUAAUAGCUAAAGAACUAACUUAAAGUGGAACUGUCGAUGUGUGUCGAUUUAAUUAUAUCUCCCGCCUUACGCGCGGUUUUUAAUCAAACUGAACCAAUAAUAAUAUAAAUGCAUUUUUGAGACUAAUAUAUCGACUUUACAGAGACUUAAGCCUGAAACUACUGAGAGAUGACUUUUUCAUACGAAUUUCUACUCAACACAUUCGCCGCGAGUGUCCGUCAGUGCUCUUUACACUCGGAACUGCGUGAAGCGCAAAAUUUCACUCGUUGAGAAGGCUGUCUAAAAAUUGUGUCCAAGAAUUUUAUACGAUCGAAUGUCAGCUAAAUUUCACGUUUUCACGUUAUGAGAGGACACGUCGUUUCUUUUAUAUUUCCUCGAUUGGUGCGACUUCGAUAUCUACCCUCGCUUGAUUUGCUUCUUCGUUCACGAGGUCACGCGUGAUUACUAAGAAGCUCUCUUAUAUCCUGAUCGUAUUCUCAAAAUAUGAUUUCACUUAUCGCUCGACGCUACUCUUCGAGUUUGUGUGUGACGAGUCGCGCGAUCGCUCAUUCCGAGUUAACGAGAACCGAUACAGGACUCGCCGGGGAUGCUUGCGUGCCGAGAGAAAGAGAGAGAGAGAGAGAGAGACGAGCGGAUGAAAACUUCUUUCGUACUCCUUAAGGAACUUUCGUCGAGCUGAACGCUCGAGGCAUUCUGAGUAGGUAGCUUAGUAUUCGAUGUCCGCGUGCAGCCCGUCGCUUCAUUUUCGUAGAAUGGACGAGCCAGUCGUUGGAUCCCAGUUCGUUUGGGGAGGAAGGGGGGGACAAUCUCUGUCACUCGAUCGAAGCUCUCAUCGCGGAGUGCGUUAGUGCAAUUGUGGACGUGGAGGAGGGGAGUAAUCCGAUAUAUCGUAGGGAUUGCAAUCAUAAAGUGAUUAUUGGAUAAUAUUUUAAUUGUUGUGUGUCCACACGCGAUUUUCACACGAGAGGACCGGUCCAACGGCGCCCGGCUGACGGGCGACAUCAGUUAGCAACGUGCGUAACGUCCGAUGCGGAAAUCUCUUUCUUCGAUUGUAACAGUUUCUCGCGAAUGAGUUGGACGAAUGGCGGAGAGAAAAAACGGGAAGGGGGGAAUGUUUAAACGAAAGCGCUGCGUAUUAUUUUUCAAAUCGAGGAACAAUUUUUCAACGAAGACGCAAGGGCAAGAACCUUCACAGCCACGAGUCGGCCCCGAUUGUAUCGUAUCUUUUUCGAUUAUAUACUCUAAGUUGUACGUAUAGUUCUGUAAAUAUUGUAAUGAAUGGUACUAUAUACGAGGAGAGAAAAAUUGUUGUCGGUGAUAUCGCGCGGCCGGGCAAUGGUAUAAACGCAUUUAUGUUAUUUAUGAAAGAGGUAGAAAGAGAGAGAGGGAGAGAGAAAGAGAGAGCAAAAAAGGAGAGGAGACGAGAAGCUUGUGUGCUAUGCGCGCGGGAGGAGAGGGAGGAGGAAGAAGAGGAGAAGGAACGUAAACUUUCAGAGACGAAGAGGGAUUUAACGUUGCGAAUCGGGGCUCUGCGUUUUCGUUUCGUUUCGAUUCACUUUAAUUGUAUCGGCUCGAGAAACGCUUCGAUCAGUUUAUCUCACGAGGACAUAGACACCGCGACACCUCGAACGUGCUGUGUUUGCAUCGCUAUCAAAUCGAUUCGAUGUAGCUUACGACUAGACUUUAGGUCAUUAACAGGUUGUUUCGGAUACGCGCUCUGUGCAGGUGUGUUUAAGGAAAGAAAGAAAAGAAAGAAUGAGAAAAAAAAUUGCGACAAUACCAUUAUUUCGUGACUCGACGCCAGUUGUUUAGGCAUGACACGUACCGUGCGAACAAAGAAAAAUGCGCAGCAGUUGAAAUAUUAUAGGUAUUAUAUUCAUGUUUUUAUGUAAAUAAAUUUUUGGUAUAUUUCAAUGAU